UCCCUAUAGAAAUAAGAGCGCCGUAUUGACAUUUGUUUUUAGCUUAGCUGGGAUACACGAGUGAAAUUGUAACCGAGGGAAAAAUAAGUUUUGGCUUCUUAUCUCUGAACGUUGCUUUUACCUUAAUCAUUCUCCCAAACACUCUGCACCCCCCUCAUUCUGAAGUCGACUCGCUGCCAUGCCAGUGCACCGUGACCGGGAGAAGAAGGAGUGCACAGUAGAGGAGAUGGAGGUGGAGGAGCACGAACAAGAGGCGUCCAGCUCAGAGGAGGAGGAUUCUGACACCUCCUCUGUCUCGGAGGAUGGAGACAGCUCUGAAAUGGACGAGGAGGACUGUGAGCGGAGGAGGAUGGAGUGUCUGGAUGAAAUGUCCAAUCUGGAGAAACAGUUCACGGAUCUCAAAGACCAGCUGUAUCACGAGCGUCUCAGUCAGGUGAACAGCAAGCUGGCAGAGGUGGAUGCUGGCCGGGCUGCAGAAUAUCUGGAGCCUCUGGCGGUACUGCUAGAGAACAUGCAAGUCCGAACCAAGGUGGCAGGAAUUUACAGAGAGCUGUGUCUGGAAUCUGUGAAGAACAAGUAUGAGUGUGAGACCCAAGCAGCAUGCCAGCACUGGGAGAGUGAGAAGCUGCUGCUGUUUGAUACAGUACAGAGUGAAUUGGAGGAGAAAAUUAGAAGACUGGAGGAAGACAGACACAGCAUAGAUAUUACAUCAGAGCUGUGGAAUGAUGAGUUGUCAGGAAGGAAGAAGAGGAGAGAUGCGUUAAGUCCAGAUAAGAAGAGGAAACGACCUUCUGUGGUGUCCGGUCCAUAUAUUGUUUACAUGCUGCCUGACUUGGACAUCCUGGAGGACUGGACAGCUAUCAGAAAGGCCGUGGCUACACUGGGACCCCAUAGAGGGAAGGCUGACUCGGACAGCCCCGUGUUUCCAUUCAGACCCGACAGAAACAGACCCAUUCUCAACUGCUGAGGAGCGCACACACACACACAUUCCCAAACACACGCAUAUAAUGACGCGUCAGGAAAUGCACUCAAACACACGAGGACCUCAAGUACAUGCAAACAUAACACUGUAUAUCACAUACACACGGUAGCAUUCACUUCUGCAGGCAUGAAAAUGCACACAGCUGAACACUUCUCUGAAUCUUCCCACAAUCCACUACAGUCCUUGGCUAACAGCGGCACCGGUCAGUAAGCUUCCUCUUGGGCCAACAGGCAUGCGCAGUAAAGGACUCACAGUUUUGAAUCCCUGUAAAGGACAAACAGGUAUAGAAGCAUUAUUUUUACUGACGUUAGUCACCAGUACCUCUGUUCAGAAUUGGGCUAUUAUUUUUUACUUUUUUUUUUGUCUGUAUCCAUCUCAUCCUCAUUGGAUAGUAAAGAGAGGGUUUCCUGAUUAACAGACAAUUAUAAGCAAAUAAAGGGUCUCAUUCCAAAAUGACAUACCAUAUAAACCAUUAAGGAAAAAUGUUAUACCCAGAGCUCAGCUUAUAUGGCUGAUGUCUGUCAUUUCAGUUUUUCAAAGUUUGACCCCUGAGCGUUAGACCACAACUGUUUUGACCUGAUUUGACCAUUUUUGUACAACCUAGUUCACACCCAAAGUAAACUGCCGCCUACAGUUGGUGAAGCUUUAUCUGAAAUGGAGACCUCUGAGUCACAUGGAGAGUUAUUGCAAUAGUCUGCAGCACUGUUGUUCAAGAGCCUUUGCAAACAUUUUAUAUUGAGUUUAAUUUGGCAAGACUGGCCCUUUUAGAAGGCUCUCCUUCUUGGAGCAUUCAAAUCUUUACUUGCUCAGUGACAUGGUCAGGGAGAAGGUUUUGUUACACGUGCUCCACAUCAUGUGUGAUUGUAAACAUGGAGGUUUUUAAUCUUAAACCUAGAGGGUUAUGGACAAUGCGUCCAGUGACAUAUGGGAAAUACUUUUUUAUGAACCUGGUCAGUCUUGCCAUGACAUUUUUAAUUAAUGUACUUUUAAAAAAAUGUGGAUCCGUUUAAAUGUCUUUUGAGACUGAUAUUAACUUUUUGUUACAGUGUUUUGAAGCGUUUGAUGGUUUGUACAGUUUUUUUUGGUGGUUUCACAAAGUAUUCACAACUCUAGUCUUCCACAGUGCCUACAUUUGAAUUCCUGUAAAGUUUCUUUGUCAUGUUUUGUAAGAGCUGCAGUUUGGUUGCUGUGACUGUGGUUGAGACAAACUCAGUGAUAGCCGUAAUUUAAAUGCAUGAUAAGGAAAAAGAUCUUUCAAGGUUGCGUGUGCAGUGUUGACAUAGCUGGUUAUUUUCAUGUGGAUCAUCAGGUAAAGUGAAUUUACUCCCCUCUUUAUUCAUCGCUACGUCACUGCAAUUGCAAACCAGUAUCAGUAAUGCAAUGAGUCAUGGUAACCACACACACAACAAAUGAUUUUAGAAUAACUGAGUGCCAAAUAUAAUGCAAACAGCAUAUGAAACGUUAAAAUGCCAUGGGAUCCCUUUAAAGUUGUAGUUCAACAGGUGCAUUCUCUUCUUACCCAUCUACCUCUUCUCUCUGUCGCCCACUCUACAGUUAAAUCCACAUUCUGCAUUUUUACUCAUGAACAUGAAAAUGCUUUUAUCUUCAUGAGCUCCCCAAAAAGAGAUGAUGUUGUUGUUUCAGUGUUUUACUGGUAUUUAUGGCUGAGCAGAUUUGUUAGGAUAAUAUGAUGAUGACUACAGUAAUUGUACAGACAGGGAAAGACUCAAACCAUGUCCUUCAAAUCCCACCUCGCCAUCGACACAACCCACUGUUUAUAAAGGAUGAUAGACACGGCCAUUUAGUAAUAUUGAUUUUAUAAACUGAAGUGUUUAAUGAUUAAGGGGGUGUGGAUGUUCAAUAUUCAUUCAUAUCAUCAGUUGGUUUUUUUGACAGUUUGUUUAAUACUGUGUCGGGUACAUUUGUGUCUUUCUUGGUGAUAAUGUUGGGUGGGUUUUACAAUUAAAAGUUGUUUUGUAAGUAC